AUGGAGGCGGCCUCUGUUGCUGCCGCGGCUGCCAUGCCAAGGAAGCGUUGCGGCGGCGGCGACUGCCCAGGAGGCGUUGGCUUCUGCGGCGGCUGCCAAGGAGGCUGCGGUGGCUGCGGCGACUGCGAAGGAGGCUGCUGUGGUGGGGUCGGCCGCGGCUUUAAAUGCAAAGGAGGCGGCCGUGACGGCUUCGGCUGCGGCUUUAGACGCGAAGGAGGCAGCGGAUGUGGCGGCCGCUGCGGCGGCGGCGAUGUGGAUGACGAAGAACAAGAAGAAGAGUAUGUGUUGCUAGAGUUGGAUGAUUGCCUUUAUUCCAACGUCCAACCAAAUGCUCCAUAUAUACUCUCUGGUUUGGAUACAUUGACUCCUACCUUGAUAGUUGGUGACGGCCUGAAGAUGAUCAAAGAUGCUCCACCAAAAUCAAUUCAUGACGGGAUGGCUCCUCCCAAAGAAAAUAAGGGAAAGCAAGCCAGCAAUAGCAAGGAAGCACCAGCAAGAUCCAAGGCAGUGAAACAUCUCGCGAGCGUUCAAAAGAUCCUCAAAUUCUGGUCCAUCGGUGAGGAUCAUCAGGACUACAGAGCAUAUCUGGACAAGGAAAAAUAA